AUGGGAGAUCAUCACGAUGAGCUACAUGAAGAAGGUGGACGCUUUUACAUCUGCACUAAAGCCCGUCCAGAAAAUGGUAUUUCAAAACCCAGAAGCGUCGUCCAAAAAGAUGAGGAUUAUCACCGAGGUGUUCAUGUAUGGAUUUUUGCUGAAAGUACACAAGAAUUACUUCUACAAAAACGUGCUAGAUUAUGGGAUAUCUCUAGUGCAAGUCAUGUAUCUGCUGGAAGCACACCCCUUAUCACUGCCAGGAGACGGCUUCUAAAAGAGCUUGGUCUAAACCUCCCAAAUGAUGCUUUUGAAUUACUAUUUGUUUUCCAGCAAGAAUGUGUUACAAAUGGUGAGAAUGAAUUUAAUGAUGUUUAUCUUGUGACAACACUAGCCCCAAUUCCGUUGGAAGCUUUUAGUCUUCAGGAAUAUGAAGUUUCAUUUGUUAAAUAUAUCUCAGUUCAAGAGUACAAGCACCUACUUCUUAACGGAGACCCUCAAUAUGUACCCUACGAUUUUCAUGGACAAUAUGGUCAACUUUUUGACAUAAUUACCAAAAGGUACCAAGACAAUGUCGAAGAAAAGAGUUUAAUUCUGCAAAAUAAGCUCAACCGUUAUGCUUCUGUCUCACUUGAUGCAGAGUUGACCGGUCUCACUGAGGAGGACAAGGAAGUUUUGCUUUUAAUUAUUCAAGCUGCGAGAUUAAUGGAUGAUAUAUUCUAUAACCAGGUUUGGUAUAGCAAUGAAUCUUUAAGGGAAUGGUUAAACCAGCACAGUCAAUUAUCAGAGUUUGACAUGAUAAAAUGGAAGUAUUAUUUGAUUAAUAAGUCCCCAUGGUCUUCUCUUGAUGAAGAUGAAGCUUUUCUGACAACUGCAGACUCUGCUGUGAAAUUGCUUCCGGAAGCAACAAGGAAGGUGGCUGGUUGGAAAGGUCUAGAAUACAAAGCUGCAUUUCCCAUUGUGAAACCACCUGGUGCCAGCUUUUACCCUCCAGACAUGGAUAAAAUGGAAUUCGAAUUAUGGGUGAAAGGGCUCUCGGAUGAUGAAAAGAAUGAUGCAAUAGGCUUUUUCAGUGUUAUUAGAAGGCAUAGUGACUCUUAUUCCAGUAAUAUAACAGUUAGCAGUAAUCCCACCACAAGUGAUCUCUAUAUCAUCCCAUUCUCUCAAGAAUAUUUUUCCUUUCUUGCAAAAGCAGCUGAAUUAUUGCAUAAAGCAGGGGAUUUAACCACUUCACCUAGUUUGAAGAGAUUGUUACAUAGUAAGGUUGAUGCUUUCCUCUCUAAUAACUAUUAUGACUCUGAUAUAGCUUGGAUGGAAUUGGAUUCUAAGCUGGAUGUUACUAUUGGUCCAUAUGAGACUUAUGAAGACGUACUAUUCGGAUACAAGGCAGCAUUUGAGGCAUUUAUUGGAAUUCAGGAUGAUAAAGCAACCGCUCAACUUCAAUUUUUUGGGGAUCAUUUGAAGGACUUGGAGCAAAAUCUACCAAUGGACGAGAUGUACAAAUCAGAAGAUGUGACAUUUGCACCUAUUCGCAUCAUCCAACUUGUUUAUAAUUCAGGGGACGUGAAGGGACCACAAAUUCUAGCCUUUAAUCUUCCGAAUGAUGAGCGUAUUGUAAAAGAUCGUGGUACAUCAAUGGUCAUGUUGAAGAAUGUUUCUGAGGCAAAGUUCAAGCUAAUUCUUCAACCUAUAGCGGACUUGUGUAUUGCAAAGGAACAACAGGAGCUAGUUGACUUUGACUCUUUUUUUACUCACACAAUUUGUCAUGAAUGUUGUCAUGGUAUUGGACCACAUACAAUAACACUUCCUAGUGGUCAAAAGUCUACUGUGCGAUUGGAGCUACAAGAACUUCACACAGCUCUUGAAGAAGCUAAAGCUGACAUUGUUGGCUUGUGGGCACUUAAUUUCCUUAUUUCAAAGAAUUUACUUCCAAAGACCCUUGUAAAGUCCAUCUAUGUUUCUUUCCUUGCUAGCUGCUUUCGAACAGUACGUUUCGGCUUAAAGGAAUCUCAUGGUAAAGGACAAGCACUACAGUUUAAUUGGCUACUAGAGAAAGGAGCAUAUGUUUUGCAUCCCGAUGACACAUUCUCCGUUGACUUUGAUAAGAUUGAAGGUGCGGUUGAGGGCUUAAGUAGGGAAAUACUUACGAUACAGGCUAAAGGGGACAAAGAUUCUGCACAGAAGCUUCUGGAAAAAUAUGGUCAAAUGACACAGCCUCUCAACAAUGCUUUAGGAAAAUUGACAAAUGUUGAGGUUCCUAUUGAUAUAGCACCAAAUUUUCCAGUUGUUACCAAAUUACAGCACAUACAACAAUCGAACAAUUGUUGUUGUGUUUCUUGAUCUUGGACGUGAUAAUGGCUUUGUUCCUGGAAAUACAUUCAUAAUGGCUCUCAUUGUUUUAAUGUUUUAAUAAGGGUUAAAAUUGUGUAGUAUUGUUAUGUAUUGUAAACUAUAUAAUAAAAUGGCUUUGUUCCUAGAA